CGGCGACAACGCCUUCGCCGAGGAUGAAUGAUUUCAACUCUCUUCUGCUGGAGCCCUUCCGAAUUAGGGAGUUCAAGGAUUCGUUUCCAGACAUACGCUGGAGGUGGAAGAGAUGACUACGUUUUCAAAGUCCGCAUAGCGAGAAACGCGAGGAAGACUACGCGUUGAAGAUGCCCACGGCUUUCAGCACACAGUCCAUAGCAUAGCUGCUCCCAAAAGAUCGGAUUAACUUCGAAAAAUUUCCUCUUACGGAUCAUGCGAAUCCAUCGGAAAGAAAGGGACAAAUACGUUGCGGCGAGCCAGCGGCAGGGAUUUGAAUCAUAGUAAUCCUGAGGUGUGUGUCCAUUUGUCGCGCCGACAUACGAGUAGCUCGGCGACGGCGUGGGAAUAUUGGGGGAGCGGCAAUUCCAACGCCAGCAGGUGACGGCGUCUAAGAUACGAUUCUCACGCCAUGGACCUUAAUCGACGGCCCUUGCUGAAUUCAUCCAGGACACGCCAACCAGACAUGGCAAGGCAGACAAGCUGAGGAUCAAUGGAAGAGCCUUGACGACGCUGGGCCAGGACAUGGGUUCAUUGAGCCGAGUGGAGGUCGUGUUAGGUAUAAAAACCCGUCUUCCGCCCUGGCUCUCGCCGUGUUCUCUCCUCCUACUAUCUUCACUCCCUCUUCUUACUCCGUGUCUCACAGGCCCAUCCUUACCCCUAAUUAUGGCCAUCACUCGCGCCGAUCAGCACCGCCAGGAUAUUGGUACCUCGCGCCAACUCCGCUCAGGCACCCGCCUCACUAUAACGCCGAAUGGCAAUUCGUUGCUAUCUGGUCGCGCUGUUAAAUCCCGCCUACCUCCAACAUCUAUUAAGCAACGCAAGCGGGUCCAGAGGCGAUCUAAACGCUCCGGACAGCCCAAUCAGCUGAGAGAUAGUCGCGCUGACGACUUUCGGAACCUCUCUUCUGAUGCUCCGGAGCUGAAUGAGGAAGAAGGGUUCGCUUGCGGCGUCAGCGGAGCAGGCGAUCAUCUACACGAAAACUCCCUAAUAUCUUAUUGUGAUGCAUCGAACCUCCCGGAUGAGGUGCCCCUAGCGUUAUCGUCACCAACACAUGAUCAGCCUCCGGCCGGCAUAGACGCACGCUACCUAGCUAUGGGAUCCCGAAAAGAGGAAGUUGUAAGCGACCCUGUCAGCCUGCAGGAAUCGCUCCCAUUCAGUCUUGAGGACGCGGGACUCCCUCACGAUGAAUUCUGGGAAAUUACCGCUGCCUAUGACGUCAGAUACUGCGCUGACCACGAAGAAAUUGAGUAUCUCUUGGGCACUGUGAAUCGGUGGAUCUCUCCUGAUGAUUUUGAUGUUUCGAAGGCCGAAUCCUUACUGGAGGAGAAGCUACAGAAGUUCAAGGUACAGAAGACCGAGGGUACUCUGGAGAGCUUUGAUCCACAUUUACCGCGUUGUCAAGCAGGGUGCUCAGACACUCUGUAUUCCCACAUAUAUCACGUCGUCGACAAGCACAAGCAUAACGGCAAAGUCUGGUACUUGGGAGAGUGGCUGGCCUGUUGGACCCCUGAAAGUAACAUUGGUGACUUGAGUUGGAUCCCUGAGUCGCUGGCGGUCAAUGGGAAGAGUCAGCGCUACCGAUGUAGCGCGAGACUCAAGGAGAACUUGGAGAGCAGGAAGAAGAAUUACGAAAGGAUGGCGUCGGUCGUAAAUCAUGAUUGUUAAUCUGGGAGGGUAUUCGCAUAUUUAGCCCGGAGAUUGCUUUGUCAACUAGGUCCCUGUUUCCUCUGGGAUGCAAGAAUGUCCUAGAACUAAAUGGGUGAUAAAAGGGCUCUACUCUUGCUGAUUUUGUAGUUUCAGCGUUGGGCAGACACAGUGUUUCAUGGACUUCACGCCUACCUGUUUACAUAUUCUAUAUCUAUUCGUUUAUGUUUCAGGGUACGGGACAUCAUUCUGUAAUUCUGUAGUCUCUCCUCGCCUUAUUCCACUGAUGGACGAUGUAGAUAAUGG